AUGGGCAGGGAUAGCAAAAAGAGCAAACGUUCGAAACACGUCAAGUGUGACGUACUGUUCGAUAACAACCCACAGGGCAUUUUCCGAGCCGGGGACACCGUCAGUGGUACCGUCGAGAUUCAGUUGGAGAAACCGAAGAAAGUGAGAGGAAUAGCCCUGCGGAUCAAUGGCUUCGCAUCGACAUCCUGGACCGCCCGGGUCAAGGGCACCACCGAGAAGACGGAGAAGAAGAACAAAAAAACAAACUUCAACGGCCGCGAGGACUACUUCGGCAGCAUCACGUACUUUGUGGGGUCCGACGUGGGCAACCCGCUGGAGGUAGCGGCGGGCGUGCACCGGUAUCCGUUCUUCUGUGUCAUCCCGCUCACGGUGCCGACCUCGAAGGAGGGAAAGUAUGGCCACGUGCGUUACGUGGUGAAAGUGUCCCUGGAGCGACCGUGGAAGUACGAUCACGUCUUCCAGAUGCCGUUCAUUGUGAAGAGUCACGCCGAUCUGAGCCUGGCGGAGGAGCGCAUGCUGAUGCCGACCAAGGCCGAGCUGGUGCAAACGUUCUACUUUGGCCUCACGGCGCCCCUGAUCGUCACUGCCUGCACGCCCCGCACCGGUUACGCUCCUGCGGAAGUGAUCGAGGUGACGGUACACGUUAACAACCAAAGCAGCGUCGAUGUGCGCGAUAUCACCAUCAAGUUCCAGCGCGUGGACACCUUCAUCAGUCAGGUGCCGGCCGCUCAGGAAUUCUACGAGUACACGGUGCUAGAGGAGCGUACCAUCUCGAAGGUGGCCCGCCGGAACGAUGCCGUGUUCGAGGAGAACAUCCUGAUCGGAUCGACCGUCCCAUCCGACGACGAGCGGUGCAACAUCAUCAAAACACGCUAUGAGCUGGCGAUAACUGUCCGGCCGGUGCGAUCGCGCAAAAAACUGCUCCUUACGCUGCCGAUCGUCAUCGGUACCGUGGGACUACCCACUACCCUCUACCCCACGCACAUGCUGGCCAAGGAGCGAGAAGCCCUCGGAAUGGGCCCAUCGGUUAAUGGCACCGAUUCCAGGGACGUGGCAGCACCGGAGAUACCUCCCCCACCGUACCCGAGCGAGGACCCGCAGCCAUCCACGUCCCGGGCGUUCGUGGCGCCAGACCCCACCGACGACCCGACUGUCCCGGCGGGCGACGAAACUGUGGAGCACGAGUUUGAGAAAGGUUCGCAACCGUACACUCCACGCGACUUCGACGAGAACGAGUGA